UCCUGUGUGUGUGUGCGUGAGAAAAACAGUCAGUCUGCGGUCAGCUGUUUGGAAAAGCUCACCAAAGGGAGACACGAUGGAUUUUAACCUGGCUUCAGCCGUGGAUGAAGAAGCGAUAAAGAGUGAGGAUGCUCAGAAAGAUGAGAUCAGUUGGCCCUGGGGCAAGAAAGACGGCAAGGAUAAGGACAAGGGCAAAGAUAAGGGCAAAGAUAAGGAUAAGAAAGACCAUAAGGACAAGUGUGGCGAUAAGGACAAGUCUGACAAGAGCAAGUGUGACAGUAAGGACAAGUCACACAAGAAGCACAAGAAGGACAAGGAGGGCAAGAAGGACAAGAAGGACAAGGAGGGCAAAGAGCGUAAGGAGGGCAGUGGAUCAGACAACUCAUCUUCCUCUUCAUCUACCUCUUCCAGUAGUGAGGACGACUGAUGUUUCCUGGGGGACAGGACUGCUCUGUUAGUCUCAUAUUGUCGUGUUUGUGUGUGUUUGUGUAUUUCUAGACUCCUUGUCACAGAAACAUAAUAAUGUGUGUUGUGUUUACCAGCAUACUAAUGCCUACAAAGUAAAUUUUCUGACGACAAACAAA